CACAAUAUAAGAGAUUUUAAAGUUCUCUACCAGUGCCAGACAAUGUGGACCCACUUGAUGCGCAUCCAUAUCUCGAACUUAUGCCACGUGUACGGUUACAGAUGUCCGAUAUAGAAGUGGGGUCCACACUCCACAGAGGAAAUCUCCAUUCAUCGACCUUGUGGAAAAUCUCGUAUUGCCAAUUUUCAUCGGCUUCUCUCGUUUUCUUCGACGCGGAAAAAGAAAACCACCAAAACCCCCUUCUUCCAACGAGGAAGAGGCGAUUCUGUGCAGUCAGAGGAGAAAAGAAGAAAAGAAAAAAGAAAACAAAAAUCAUCAAAUACAAUCCCCUGCAACUCUUGUCAUCUUGCAGGGUUUAUGAGUCAUCAGUGACUUUGUGGAGCUUGAUAUAGAUGUUGAUGCAGUAGUCCGAGGUUGUACUUUUGUCAAGGUUUUUAGAACGCUUGAUUACUUAUUACGCUCUCUGGAAGAUUUCUGCAUUGGCUUGUUUGUGGGAUUUUCUUCAACAAAACAAAUAAAGUUGCCUAUUUUUAUCGCCUAUAAAAGCUGAUUAUCUUCGUAACAGUUUAGAAGCUACAAGGGACUGAGUCAAAGUUCCUUUACUGUGCACCCAAGAUGACAGAUAUGAAAGGAAGCACAUCUGCAGAUGCAGAUAUCCGCGCCUUGCACAAGGAAUGGGAUGAAGCUUCGUGCCCAAUCUGCAUGGACCAUCCGCAUAACGCUGUCCUCCUCCUCUGCAGCUCUCACGACAAGGGCUGCAGAUCUUACAUCUGUGACACUAGCUAUAGGCAUUCUAAUUGCCUUGAUCGAUUCAAAAAAUUGAGAGUCGACCUUAGGAGCACCCCUGCUCACCUGACUCCAUCCUUUAUUGAAAGCCCAGGCAGUGGAAGGCUGGGUCACAGUUCUCUUCACAGCCUCACUUCUGAAACCAUCUUUGAGACUCCAAGGAUGGAUAGAAAUGUAGUGGAAACACGUGGGGACUACAGUCUUGCAGAAACUAGUGACGGAAUGUCAGCUGGGCUAUUGUCAGUGCUGGAAGAAAAUAACAGCCAAGAGACUGAUGGGUAUUUGGAAGCUCAGAGGAUGGGGGCUGGUCCUGAUUCACAUAGCGGAAGGAUUGGUGAUGAGGAGUUGGGUGGGGGUGGCUUAUCAGAACCACCAUUGCCCCUGAAGUGCCCUCUUUGCCGAGGAAUUGUGAAAAGCUGGAAGAUUGUAAAAGAGGCUAGGGAGUAUCUUGACUCAAAACAGAGAAGCUGCUCUCGGGAGUCUUGCUCGUUUACUGGAAACUACCGGGAGCUGCGUAGGCAUGCCAGGGGGGUUCAUCCAACAACGCGACCGACUGACAUAGACCCAUCAAGGCAACGGGCUUGGCACCACCUUGAGCACCAACGGGAAUACGGAGACAUUGUCAGUGCCAUCCGUUCAGCCAUGCCUGGUGCCGUUGUGCUAGGGGACUAUGUAAUUGAUAAUGGAGAUGGGUUCUCACGCGAUGGAGAAAGUGGCCCGAGUGAAGGCAGUGGGGCAUGGUGGACCACAUUCUUUCUGUUCCAUAUGAUCAGCCCUAUGUCCCCGAUCGACGAGCCAAGAAGCCUCUCAAGAGCUUGGAGAAGGCAUCGUCGCCCUUCUGGUCGACGUAAUCUGUGGGGUGAGAACCUAUUGGGUCUGCAAGAUGAUGAUGGAGAUGAUUGGAAUAUGAGUGAUGUAGGCGAUGAGGUUCCGAUACCAAGGAGGCGUCGGCGGUUCACACGGUCCAGACCUGAUGAAGAUCAUCCAUAAUCCCACAUUCUGGUAAUGUAUAUGGUUCACAUUUGGACAUUGUUUCUUUAUUGUUUUCAAUUGACUUGAUACUUCCGUGUAUCUGUUUUAAUGUACAGAACCGCAAUCAGAUAGAACUCCAUUAUUCAGUUACCAUGUUGAAUUUCUUAGACCGUUGCAGAGCCAUGUAGGUGGAAAUCAAGAUACUCCAUUAAAGCGGUCUGCCUCAAGAGAUAAGAGGAGAGAACUGUUUGGAGAUCAGAGAACUGGGAUGCCAUUUGUAUUCUGGGGCAGUAUGUUGUGUUUCUCUAAAAGUAUUUAUAUCUUAUUCUUCUUCUUCAUUUCUGUUUUUGGUUUGAAGCAAAAGAAUUGUUGAUGGUGACGAGCCUUGAGAAAUUCAUUUUCGAAUGCAAGACUCAUUUCGUUUGGAUUUCUUCAUUGACUGUUGUUUUCAAAUGGCCUGCGAGGAGGUCAAAUGUACAGUUAUUCUGAAGUGUGGAAUUCGUUUUUA